AUGAUUGCAGGGAUUGGUCUCUACAAGAAAGAACUAUGCCUCACAAAACUCAACCUAUGACAGCACUUUUGGUGUUCACGGGACUGAAUGCAGUUUUGUGUUCAACCAUUACUCCAGUUUAAGAUUUUGUUUGCUUUCUACCCUAUUGGGAAAGAAGGAGGGAAAGGCGUCACCAAGAGCAUGAAGCUGCUAUGCUUAUGGCUAACAAUUCAAAAUAACCAUUGCAUUGUAGGGUCUUCUUGGACUACCUUUUUGGAGUAAGAUUACCUCUACCUGGAAGCCUCAUUUGGGAGUCUCGACACCAUCAUGUUCAAGGUUUUAUUGAGGUCGGUCAGUGCUUUUAUCUUUAGAUCAUUUUUAAUUUCUUUUGUUUGCCAUCUUUGAAUAAUGAAAAGGGAGAUAGUUUUCAUCUCCUUAUGUUAACAUGAAUACUGAAAUAAAAUAGAAAUAAAAAUCUUGAAGUUAUUUGUGAAA